AUGUGGCAACCCAGGACCGACGACCCGGACAAGGCGCUGUACCUGGACGCCGCGAACCUGAUCGAUGACGCUAUCGCCAAUGUGCGCACCAGGUGUCUCAGAGCCAGCAACGCGCCACCACUUCGCAUCGACGGCAUCGACGGUGCCAUCACGUGGCCGCUCGCACCUGCACACGCAACAACCCUUGCAGCACUUGACAUUCCCAAUGGCACACUUCUACCGGCGUCCUUUGCUUUUGCCCGGCCUACUGCGUGGCGCCUGGUCGUUAAAGACGUGCUCCAUCGGGAGGCGGCCCGUGCGAUCACGGACGCCGACAUCGUUCUCUCGCACCUCGUUGUCGACGCCGUUGGCACCGGCGCCGCGCUCCUCCCAACAACCAUGCCGGACGAUACCUUUGGCUACAUGAUUCUGCACUUGCCGUCGGCCUACGACGGCGGCAAGAUGGCAUUUCGCUAUGGCUACAUGACCGAGACAUGGACGCCCAACAGUCGCAAAGUCGAGAUGGUCACGACGUACCGCGACCUCGUCCCGACCUCGACGCCCAUCACAAGAGGAGUGCGCAUGGCACUCGUCUUCCGUCUCGUCAUGAUCGACGACGACGAUGACGUUCCAGCGCCAUGCAACCAAGCCAAGGCCAUCGCCGCCUUCCAGCGUGUCGCUGAGCUGCCGCUACACACGCACCACCGCGUAGCGUUCUGUAAUGACGAAGACGCUUCGAUCGACCGUGUCUGGACCUUUGGCUCUCUCGGUUGGUACGAAACCGGCUUGGUGGGUGUGCUCUUGACCACUGAACUCUACGACGUUGCGAUCGUGACGUUUGCCAAAGAGUCGGACGAGGAUGUGGCCUUUGAGAACGAGCUGCGACGUGGCCGCCGCAGCAGCGACGACGAACACAGUGACGAUGACGACGUGUACGAGGCCCAGUUUACGAAUCAAGUCGCGACGUGCACGCCGCACCCGUCGAGUCAGAUCCCUUCGACGGUCGUGGACGCGCUCGUGGGCAGCCGCGUCGACGCCUUCCUCUUUGACAACACGCCGAUCGACCACGACUCGUUCGAGUGCCCGCCGUUCGCGCUCAUCUUCUGGCUCAAGCGGUAUCGGGCGAGUAUCCUCGGUCUGGACAUUGUGCUGCCGCUCGUGACUGAAGCCAUUACCAACAAUACUGUGGACCAGCCGUGCCUUGGGCUUCUGAGCAUCCGAGACGUUCUGCACGGCGCACUCGAUGUCUGCCGCCUUGAACACCUCGGUCGCGUCGGCAAAUGCUCGGGAACGUCGCCCCUCGCGAAGCUGUGUGACGUGCUUCUGGCGCUUGAUAACGUCGAGCUGGUCCAUCAAGACGGUCGCCGCGUGCAUUCAUGCAUGUCUCGAGCGGUAUGGCUGGCACCGGCGAUGCUCGGUCUGCUCUCUCGGUGGUACCGGCCGCUCAUGUUUCGAGCGCCGCCGUGGCAGUACAUUGACAUUGACUGCGCGCCGCGGCUCCUCGCAAGCCUUGCAGGCAUCGCGACCGACGCCGUGUGUCCGCCACUCCACCAGCCGUUUGUGUGCGAGCUGAUCAAGCUGUGCUACCACCGCGCACUCGACCAACAUCGGUUCCUCCCAGAGAGCGACUCCAAUAUCGAGAUGCUCUGUCGGUUUGCGACCCAUGUCGUCCUCCUCGACUGGUACCUCGACGAAGGCGCGCCGAAUGCGGCCGGCGGCAACUACCUCAGCACCUUCUUGCCGCCAAGUAUGAUCCUUGUGGUCGAGUCGUUUGUGUACAAUCAUAGACCCGGCACGUCGACGCUGCUCAGCCUACGGACACCGUCGAUGACAUCCAAGCUGCUUUCGUAUCUUCCGGAAGCGCUCGUCAUGGCGUUGAAAAGUCAGACCACGAUCUCCAUCGACCGAUACGUCCGCGUCAUUGAGCGCGCUCUCAAGACGUUCACGCACGCUGACAAAGUGCAACAUGAAAAGCUGGGAACGACCAUCUUUGCAAGUGUUCUCAAUCUGCUGGACCGAGUCGGGCGCUGCGACGCCGUUCGAUUUGAAGCGAUCUGGACGCUCUUUUUUCCAGCGUCACUUGUCGGCACACGGCAGCUGCUCCAACAACGGACACUGCAGGACGAUGUGCGCGCUCGUAUUGCGUCGCAUGUUCUGGCACUUGCGCCGACGCUGUCGGCCCAGCACCUCUCGCGGCCAAGGUACUGUGGCGCCUACACUUCGUGGGAGCAACCAGGGUUGCUGGCGGUCGAGGUGUUUGCGAUCGUCGACGCGACACAAGUGCCGUCGCUUCUCCAGCGAUGGCUCGAGGCCGUGAACCGUGAGACCCCGGUGACGCAGUCAACUCUGAAGGUCGGUGACGAUGACGAGUCGCACUCCGCUUCUUUGUUCAUCCGAGACCGAGCUCUAAAACUCUAUUUUCCUUUGGCCCAACUGCUUGCAAGCGUCACACCACAGCACGUCGACGAGAUAAACGGAAUUGUACAGCGCUGCCUCGCUGUGUUUGGCGGCGUCCGUAGCCGCCCACCCCUUCCUAUCAUCAGCGAUUACGUCUUUGACGCCACGCCACUGGAUGCAAGUCAUUGCUACUUCUGCAAGAUCGUGGUCGACUUCUUGAGCGACGGCACCUGCAUCCGACUGCGCUCGCUGCAAGUACCGACGCUAUGUGAACCCGGGCGGCGCUGUAUCGACACCAACGACCACCGCCUCGAGCUACGUCACAAGCGUCAUGCGUCGUAUGUCGAAGUCACAAAAGUGCCGGUUGAAGGCGGCGUGAGUGCGGGCCAACAGUACGAGCUUGUCCGUGCCCAGCGUCAAGAUGCCGAGGACCGCGCGCGUGUUGCGGUUCUGGACACCAUCGUGGCCGACGCGCAACGACCAACGGCGUUCGAUACAGCGACCGACGACGACGCGCCGCAUCAACAUGGCGUCAAGCGUCAGCGACGAUCAUUUUAG